AUGUUUAAUAACUCUUCACCAGAGUCAAAGGAUUUGUCACGUCGGCCGGCUAAAGCAAAACACGCCCUAAUUAAAUCACCAGUCAGUCCCAUAAGUGUUAACAUUGCUUUGCCGCAGAGAAAGCGAGCCAAGAUCAUUCGUUUCACCACCGAUGACUUUACCUGGCAAUGCUGGCAGUGCCUCAGCGCCUUCUCCAGCAACGUGGAUUUGGACGAUCAUCUGAAGGACUGCGACUCUCGCAACGCUGCAGAAGGUGAUGUGAUUCUGCCUAUGGGGGACUCCCUGCCCGGUUGUCCUUUCUGCCCUCGUGAUGGGUGCCAGGCCGAGUCGAAACCCUACUACUUCCAUGACUUUAACGCCCAUGUUGGGAGUCAGCAUUCGGAAGUGAAGGAACUCUCUUGUCCAUACUGCACUGAUAAGAUUCCCUCACCACGUUUGGAAGACCUCACUUCGCACAUCCUGCUCGAUCAUCAGAUUCAUUGGCGCCCAAGUCCUGCCUCAAUGGUGUACCAGCGCACGGACGAUGUAGCUCACCGCGUGGUGACUUGUCUUGGGUGUGGAUGGUGCACCUUCGUUCUGCGCGCCCAGGACGCUGUGCAACCACCAGCCUCACUCGCCUCGCACAUGUCGCGGUGUGCCGGUCGCGGUGCCCGUCUCUCCGUGCCUCGCCUCCCACCCUACCUUCGUCGGCCCACUCAAGUGCCCACGAGGGCUCUCGUCUCUGCUCUCACAGCCGCCUCUGCCAGCGCCAGUCACGCCUUCGCAGUGCGCUUCCCCGGCGUGCGCGGUUAUGUUGCCUCCACCUUCGAAGCAACCGCUACCGGCCCUGGCACUUCGUCUUGGUCCGUCGCGGUAGAUGCGGAGGGCGAUGGGCUGCCUCAAAAGCGGCCAAAGUACCAGCCCCCAUUAAAGGUGGCUUCACCUGUGUCCAUUACUGUCCCGUCGCCACCACCGGAGGGCAAUACCAAAUUGGAGGAGGAAGAAGUAAAAGCUAAAGAAAAAGGCGACGAAGCGGAAGAGUUAAAACCGACUCUGGAGGAGGAGAAGCUUACUAAUGGAAAUGAGCCAACACUAUCACCACAACCAACAGCCGAAGCGGAAGCUUUUGUGAAACCGGGGUCCACCUCUCCGGUAAAGCAUCCACAGGCAGAGGAGCAACAGCAGGAAGAACUGCAAAAGGUCGAGGAGAAGGAAAAUGAAAAUGAGACAGCAAAAAUGGAGAAUAAGACGGAAGAAGAGGAUGAGCAACCGCCACCACAACAGCAGCCAACGCCAGCACCCCAACCACGCAAACGCACAACAGCAGCAACAACACCGACACCAGCUUCACUACGAAAGAAUGCAGUCCCCAAAGGGGUGUUCGAUGUGCCCUUGGACUUACCUCCUUCGCCACCUCCCUCUUCCACUACUGCAACAGAUAGCGCCAAAAAACCGGCCUCUACCCGGGUCUACGUGUGUCCCAUCUGCGGCGAUAAUGCGCUAUCAAGUCUGCGUGAACGGGAUAAGCAUCUGCAGGUUGAGCACACUGGUGAACUGGUCUUCCCAUGUCAGCUCUGUGGAAUGGCAUACCCCGUCUACAUCGCGCUGCGUCGUCACGCGGUACUCAAACAUGCGGCCAACUUCGAUGCAGUGCUCUACGGACAGCCUGACAUGGAGCCGGUGGAAUGUCCUUUUUGCGAGCUCGUAGCCUUCACCUCGCCCGAGGUGCUCCAGCUCCAUUUGGCCAAAAUCCACCCUGAGCAGUUUGAGCAGCAGGCAGUUGUCUCCGCCGUCGCCUCUGCGCUCGCUGCACCCGACUCUGACUCUGAUGCUGAGGGUGGUGGUCGCCGAGCCGAUGGCGAUGAUAAAGACGAUAAGGACUGGGAGGUGGAGAAUGGAUCCAAGGUUGGCGGCAUCGCCAGCGCUCCAGCUGCUAGCGCCGCAUCGGUCAUCGCAGCCGCUACUAGGCUUGAAGGCGGCUCCGGAGUGAGGAGGGUUAGGGGAAGAGGUGGACGAAGAGGUCGUUCAAAGUCCCUAGGUGCUCCAAUCUACACGUCAGCGGAUCUGCUGAACGACCCUGAUCUACUGGAGAGUGUAGAGAACUCCCUGCAAAUGCGCCGGUCCUUCACGCCAGGCCGUCGAGGGCGUGGAAGGGGUAGAGGUCGUGGGAGUGGCGGUGCCGGCGCAGUGCGCAGUCGCGGGACAGGUCGUCGUGGACGUCCAAGGGGUUCCACGCGUGCUUUUGGUAUUCAUACCGCAACGGCCGCCACCACGGUGGCCACUCUCCACCAGUCUUUGGCGCCAGUUGCGCAGCAGCAGCUGAACACAUGCACCGUUAUCACUGGCGCAGCUGUACACUCAGUAGAGGGUGUUGCGGUGGCGCCGGCGUCGGUGAUAGAUGGAAUGGAACUUCCACCACCGCCAAAUGCGGUUAGUCAACUGGAAAUGGUGUUGGCCCAGACGUCUCCGGACCACGCGCUAGUCACUUGUCGUCUGUGUGGUGCGGAGGCUCAGGUUGUGCUGGAUAACGCAAAGGAGCUGUACAUUCACAUGGAACUGGACCACAACCCGGAGUCGACUUGUGAGCAGUUGGGCUGUCAAGCUUGCGGCCGUAUUUUCUUUGGUCCACAUCACCGUGGAGACCUGAUCGGCCACAUCCGCGUGAUGCACCAAGGACAGGAGGAAGCAAUGCCCUGUCCCAAUCACGCUGCAGAGGGCGGUUGUGGGGCCAAAUUCACCUCCACACGCCUUCGUGAUAGUCAUCUGCUGAUGACCGAUGCUCCCGGCUGGUCGUGUCCACUUCAGCUGGCUGCUGAAAGCCUCCAAGCCGUCACAGAGGUAGCGGAAGCGGGGGGUGCCGCUGCCGAAAUCUUUGACACGAUGGUCUUAGCCACGGAAAUUGCCGCUGAUGCUGUGGGGCAGAUGGUUCUGGCCUACGGUUGUCCGCUCUGCUCAAGGGUAUUUGUUGGACAGAACUGCACCGCACGGUACCUGGCGCAUCAGUCACAAUGCGGUGCAGUAGGAGGUGAUGAAGUGGUGUCGAUGGAAGCGGACCAGUCGCACUCGGUGAUGGUAUUGGCCACGGUGGCGGACAAUACUCAAUAG